UCCACGCAUUGGCAGAAAAAUGGCUACCGUCACCACAACCAUUUCAUCUCUUCUUUUUGGCAUGCUCCUCCCAUCCCUCUUCCUCCCCACUUGCGGCCUAACUAAUGCAAAAACCCAGGCCCAUUUCUCCAAACCAGCCCACAUGAAGCUAAGGCAGAAGGUAAGCCACCUCCACUUCUUCUUCCAUGACGUAGUGAGCGGCCGCAACGCGACGGCGAUGCCGGUCACCGAUCCGGUCAUGCCUUUGCCAUCGAGCUUCGGCAAGACCGUCAUGAUGGAUGAUUUGCUGACGGAGGGGCCGGAGCCGACUUCGAAACCCGUGGGCCGGGCUCAGGGGAUGUAUGCAUUUGCGGCCCAGCAGGAGCUGGGCCUGCUCAUGGUCAUGAACCUGGUGUUCACAGAGGGGAAGUACAACGGCAGCGUGCUCACCGUGCUCGGACGGAACCCGGUGCUUCACCGGGUACGGGAGAUGCCGGUGGUCGGAGGGAGCGGGCUGUUCCGAUUCGCCCGGGGCUAUGCUCAGGCCCAAACCCACUGGUUUAAUCCCAACACGGGGGAUGCCAUUGUUGAGUACAAUGCUUACGUGCUGCACUACUGAACUGAACUUAAUAAUUGAAGUGCCGCUUGAAGCAAUAAUUAGCUGUAGGUCGUCUUCUUUUCAUUUUUGAGUGUUGAUCUUUAAGCAGACUGGUGUCUUUAUUUGAUACUUUUCUUCCUCGGUAGAUGCUGAGGCUCCUUUUCACUGUGUCUUUGUGGGAGUUACCCUUCAGUUAGAUUAGAUUCAUAACAUAACAGUUUUAUCCCAUGGA